UUUCGUGAACAACCCUCCGAUGGGAUAAAGGGGAUUCUGCUGAAGCACACGGGCAAUUUUCAUUCCUGACACAACAUAACCAGUAACGGUUAUGUUGUAAUUCUGGGUUUUGAAUUACACAAUUGUUUUUAUUUUUUAUUUUACAAAAUCCAGUUUGUGUUAUUUUUGGUGGGGUAGUAGCCGGGAGAAAACGGAAUAUUUUUACUGUUGAAUUACAUUUUGACUUAAUCUUUUUUCUGUGUGUGGACCAAAGGGACAAGAGGAAAUGGAUAGCGAAAAGUACUUGCCGGAGCUUAUGGCAGAGAAGGACUCACUCGAUCCCUCUUUCCAACAUUCUUUACGGCUACUAGAUCAAGAAAUCGAGAAAAUUCAGAAAGAUGAAGGCAAAGAAGAUGAGAAGUUCAUCGACGUCGUCAUCAACAAGAACAUGAAACUGGGACAAAAAGUGUUAAUACCUGUCAAGCAGUUUCCUAAAUUUAACUUUGUUGGCAAACUCCUUGGGCCGCGUGGAAACUCCUUAAAGAGGCUACAAGAAGAUACCCUCACAAAGAUGUCUAUUCUCGGGAAGGGUUCCAUGAGAGACAAAGAUAAGGAGGAGGAGCUGCGGAAGAGCGGGGAGGCCAAAUACCAGCACCUCAACGAGGACCUGCAUGUGCUGAUCGAGGUGUUCGCCCCCCCGGCCGAGGCCUACGCCAGAAUGGGUCAUGCGCUGGAGGAGAUCAAGAAGUUCCUCAUCCCGGAUUACAACGAUGAGAUCAGACAGGCGCAGCUGCAGGAGCUGACGUAUCUGAACGGGGGCUCGGAGGAGGCAAAGGUGCCGGCGGUGAGGGGGAAGCCCGCGGCGCGGGGAAGAGGAACACCUGCUUCCGGCCCGCCCAGGAGUCGAGGAGGAGUUCCCCCUCCACAGGCCGCAGUGCCCCGGGGCGUGGCCCCCAGGGGUGCCCCGCCUAGCCGAGUCCCCGCCAGCAGAGGGAGAGGUGUCCCGGCACAGAGGGCCCGCGGGGCGCCGCCCCCAUCCGGAUACCGCGCCCCCCCGCCCAUCGUGCAGGACUCCUACGGAGAAUACGAAUAUGAUGACGGCUAUGGGACGGCUUACGAUGACCAAGGGUACGACUCCUACGACAACAGCUACAACAAUCAAGGACAAAACUCAGAGGAUUAUUAUGAAUAUGGACACGGCAUAAGUGAGGACUCCUAUGAGCCAUACGGCCAGGAAGAGUGGACUAACAAGCGACACAAAGCACCGCCGGCAAGAACAACCAAAGGAGUGUACAGGGAACAGCCAUACUCCAGAUACUGAACUGUUUAUACAAACGCCACCGUGUCCUAUGUCCCAAGAUUAUGGAUUUUCUAUGGACAAUCCCUCCUUUUUAGAUGACAAAAAAGCAAGUCGGACAAAAACCUUGAUACAGUUGUGAUGUUGGUUUAAGCAUAGCAGUGAAAACUGUGGAAGAAACCAGUAACAUGUAAUGACACCAUCUACAGGAGAACCUAAAGUCUGUAAUCUAGGUAAAUUACCUUUUCCUUAUAAACUAGUAUUUGAAACUGCUAAGCCAGAUAUAUUAGAUGGAGGGCUUUUGUUUCUUUUAAAUGUUAGCUAAUUAGUAUAGUAUUUCAUUUCUAUUGCUGGGUAAAGGGGUGGGGGUAAAGUAUGUACUAUUUCUGAAGGGUGAUUGGUAUACCUGUGUCCCUUGUAAAUCAACCAUAAUGAAACAGAAGACAGAAAAUCGUGAUACAGAUAAUGUUGUAUUCCUUCCUUUUUUGUAACUAAAAGUUCUUUAGCAUUAAAGGGCUUAUAGAAGCAUGCCAUGUAAACAUUGCAGAAUACAGAUUUUUUUCCUUUGAAAUAAUCUUCGCUUGCUCUAAACGCCCAAUUUUGUUUGAUCGCAAUUUCCUUUUAAGAAAGUACACUGUGGUUCUAAAACUGUUGAGGAGACUGUAGAAUGUGAUAGGCGUUUCAUGCUCAGCUCCUUAAGUGUUAUCCCUAGACAAGGUUGCUAGUGCUAAAAAGCUCCAAAAAUUGUAUUUGGUUUCUGGGCAUUUAGCACAUGGCCUUGAAACAAGAAAGAAAAUAAAAAACA